AAUAAAAUCGGCAAUGUUUUGUUUAUAUCCUUUCAGGGUUGAAAAUAAAGCUGCCUAAAAUGUUUUCAACGAGUACUCAGUGCAAAUAUUGGAUGUUCAGUAUCAGUAAUGAAGAUGAACUCAGCAAACUCAGAGAUCGUGCCAACCAGAAGCAUAUAAAAAAUUAUGGCCGACAAGUCAAUGAUGCAGCCAAAUACGAAGUGUUCCUUACUUCCGAAGAAGAAAAGAUAAUGGUAAAAAGAUAUGAACUUCAUUUGCGUGAUUUUUGCAAAAGGUUUCAACCUCCCAUGCCUAGAUAUGUUAUUGGCACUUCUUUUCAUUAUUUCAAACGCUUUUACAUCAAUAAUUCAGUCAUGAAUUAUCAUCCCAAAGAAAUAAUGGUAACAUGUAUUUAUUUAGCAUGUAAAGUGGAAGAAUUCAAUGUAUCUAUUCAGCAGUUUGUGGCAAAUAUAAAAGGUGAUAGAGAAAAAGCCACUGAUAUAAUUCUAAAUAAUGAAUUAUUGCUCAUGGAACAGCUUAGCUUCCAUCUAUCAAUACACAACCCAUUUCGUCCUGUGGAAGGAUUGUUGAUAGAUAUAAAGACUAGAGGUUCUCUUCAAGAUCCAGAAAGACUGAGAUCUGGCAUUGAACACUUUCUAGAAAGGUCCCUUCUCACUGAUGUCAUUUUGCUAUACUCACCUAGUCAAGUGGCUUUAGCAGCAGUACUACAUGCUGCUUCCAAGUUGCAAGAAAACCUGGAUUCCUAUGUGACUGAUAUUUUGUUUGGGGAAGAUGGUAGGGGGAAGUUGGAAGAGUUGAUUGAAGCAGUCAGAGCAAUUCGAUCAAUGGUGAAAAUGGUAGACUCAGUUCCAGAUAGAAAUCAACAGAAAAUACUAGAUAAAAAGUUAGAAAAAUGCAGAAAUCCAGAUAAUAAUCCAGACAGUGAAAUAUACAAGAAGAGGAUGCAAGCAAUGUUGGAUGAAGAUGAUGAUCUAUUUCAUGCAAUUUCUGCACAGAAUUCUUCCAUGGACAACUCAGCAUUGAAUAUGUCAAUAGCAUCUCCAUAAGUACACAGUAAGAAAAUGAGAGUAUACAUUUCUGUUGUUUUGUAUGAAUUCAUGAAUGAAUAAUUAAUUUGGUAUUGAAAAUUUCAACUUGGACAAGAAAGUGUCACAGAUAUAUACCUAUUGUGUCCACACAAAUUUUGUUAAUAUAAGAUAA